UGUUCCUACAUCUUGACACUCGAGAAUAAAAUACGAUCUGUGUGUGUGUGAGUUUAUUGUAAAUUGGAAAAUUAUUUUGAAGUUAUCUAGCCACUAAAUCUCAUUUUUUAAAUCAAAUUCUUAAAAUCGAGAGUGCAAAACGGUUACAUGAAAGAAUUUUAACUGUGAUAAAAUUGUAAAUAAGUGUUAGUGUGGCCGGCUAUACCGUGUUUAACGUUAUAGUAUUUAAUAAUUUGAAUGAUUUUUAUUCUUAGUAUCUUGUAAGCAAAGAAAUGGGUAAUACAAGUUCUAAUAAGCGUGACAGAGCAUAUUUUUCUGAUAGCGAAGGCCCUCCUGCUUCAUGCAAAGAAGGCAAAGUUUUCGAGUUUAGUGCUGGGAGUAGAAAAGACAAGUUUCAUUGCCAAACUUCAUUAGAGGAUUGUGAUGACUUUUCACAUAUAUCCAGGGAUAAAUCUGAUGAAUUAAAGUUAUCUGCUACAUCUGAUACUUACGAAAAAUGUCUUCCUACUGUUUUUAAAUGGGGAGGUGGUGGAAAGGAGGUUUUUAUUAGUGGUUCGUUUUCUGAUUGGAAACCCAUCCCAAUGGUACAGAGUCACGGAGAUUUCGCUCUUAUUCUUGAAAUUCCUGAAGGGGAUCAUCAAUACAAGUUUAAAGUUGAUGGCCAGUGGUUGCAUAAUCCAAGCGAGCCGACAGUUGAUAAUGAUGUUGGCUCUAAAAAUAAUAUAAUUUCUGUAAAAAAAUCAGACUUUCUCGUGUUUGAAGCAUUAGCGGCAGAUAGUAUUGGUUCUGCAUACUCUGGUUCUCCUCCAGGAUCAUAUUCUCAAGAAGUACCACAACAUAAGCCAAAUGAGAAAACUGUUGGACCACCAGUCUUGCCACCACAUUUGCUGCAGGUGAUAUUAAAUAAAGAUGUACCUUUGUCUUGUGAACCAAAUCUGCUUCCAGAGCCAAACCACGUUAUGCUCAAUCACCUAUAUGCUCUUUCAAUUAAAGAUGGUGUGGUAGUUUUGAGUGCCACACAUCGUUAUAAAAAGAAGUAUGUCACUACACUCUUGUAUAAACCAAUAUAACUCUUAUAAUGAUUUGCUUAUAUUUGUUCUUUGUUGAACUGCAGAGUUUACAAAAAUUAUUUUUAGGUUUGUUUUGUUGCAUUUGUUGUGCAUAAAAAUAAGUGUAUUGCAUUUUUAGUUACAAAUAAUAAUUACUUUUCCUAUCUUUCAAGCAGUAAGCUAAAGCACUGAAAAGGAAUUUUUUAUUAUUUUUAUUUUAAAGAUCAUUAACUAAAAUGAUAGUUUUAUUGCUUCCUUAUAUUAAGAAAUGUGGAAGAAUUGCUCUUUUGUUUUAAAUGGAAUGUCUCUAACAUAUCUGUAACUUAAAGGCCCAAAAAGUAUUACUGUAAGAGAUGACUGGUUUGUUAAUAGAUUCUGGCAAAGUACAUGAAGGUUACCGAAUUCUGGAUAAGGGGAGUAACCUGAUGAUCUGUAUAAGAGAAGAAAUACCUUCAUAAAAGAUUUUCUUUUCUUAGCUAGUGUUAUACAUAAGGGAAAACCACACAGCUGGUUCUCUCAUUGGGAAUGGACACCUUAAUGAAUUGUAAAUAUUCUGUUGCCAUAUUCAUUCAGCUGCUGGGUAUUGUAAAAACUUUCAUUUGCAUUUGUAAAUAUUUCAUAUUUCAGAUUUAGUAAAAGAGUUUUUAAAUGUUAAUUUUUUUUUUUUUUUUUAUGUAUCACUUGUGUAUUCCAUUUAGGCUUUCAUGAAUAAGGUAGUUCAGCAUUUCUGAACUAAAGCUUUCUUAAACUAUAAAACAUUAAAUUAAGAUAUUUGAAUUUAAAGAAACUGAAGAUAAGACUUUUAAAGAAAUUGCAUGUAUUGAUAUUUAUGAAAUUGAUCAUUUGCCACAUAAAGUGCAAAAGGAAUUUAUAUGUCAAGUGAUUUGCACUUAAAACUAGAGGUUUCACAAAAAUCUUUGAAUAAAUUCUGGAUUGGAGCUAAAACUGAAUUUCUUACUAUUUCUGAAAUAACAUUAAAUGUUCUGUCAUUUAGCACAUGUUUGCACGUGUUUAUGCAAAACGACAUUUUUACCCUUGACUAAUUAAAUCCAAAUGUCAUUAACGCUAAAAAAUGUUGAAGAUGUGUUAUGUUCAUCAGUGUCAAAUAUUGUGCUCAUUUAUAAUUUUGUUAUGCAGCAAAAAACAAGUGCAUCUGUCUCAUUAGAAUUUUCUUUCGUUAAUUUUUAUUUGCUUCAAGUAAAUACUGAACUACUUCUUUAUACAUAUAUAAUUAUUUACCAGGUAAAUAAAUUAUUUAUUGGAAAAUAUGAAUUUUUAUAUCUUUAUUUUAUAUUUUAUAUCUGGGGUUGCUAAAAUUUCAGUGAUAUAAAGGGGUUGCAAGUUACGGUCAUUAAAGAAACUGCAAUUAUGUCAGAAAGGUUUUGGAUAAAAAUUGUAUUUUAAUCUUUAGAUUAUGUAUUUGAAAUCAUGAAUUUAUUCCUGUGCUUGCUAGAUGCAGAAAGAAUCUGAAAGAUUUUCCCCAUUCCAAUAAACAAAAAAUAUUGGUUUUAUAGUACUAAA